AUGGGAGUUGGAGGAGGUACAUUGGAGUUUAUUUCAGAAAUGAUGGGUAGUGGUAGGCGGCAUAUACACAAUAAGAAGAACAGGAAGCAGUUUCAAACUAUUGAGCUCAAAGUUAGAAUGGACUGUGAUGGAUGUGAGCUUAAAGUCAGGAAAGCUUUAUCUUCACUCUCUGGGGUGAAGAAAGUGGAGAUAAACAGGAAGCAGCAGAAGGUGACAGUAUCAGGAUAUGUAGAAGCAAAUAAGGUGUUGAAGAAGGCGAAAUCAACAGGGAAGAAAGCAGAAAUAUGGCCAUAUGUGCCUUACAAUUUGGUAUCUCAGGCUUGUUGA